AUGGCGCAUGUGGACGGCGCAGAUCCCGUAGACAUCAUAACCAUGCGGAUUCGCGAGUUCGACCCGGAGCUUGCCGGCCAGCGCAUGCAUUGGCUGGCCACUGCCCCAGACGGCGCCGUGGCCUUCCGUACGGGUCGCGAGGACGGCUACAACCCCCACGUCUUCCACAGCUUCAACAACGCAAUAACCGCCACCAUACCCAUGCCGCCCGCGCCUUCCAAAACGCUACUGCUGGCGAACGAAGAGGCUUCAUCAUCAAAGGGCCGCUCCAGUGGUGUUAGCAGCAUUGAAAGCCGCAAUACCAGCAAUGCUGGUGCGGAGGUUAGCAGCAGCGCAAGCUGUGCCGCACCCCGUACGCAUGUGUCGGUGGGAUUCGUGGACUUGAGCAGUCUGUCAGCGGCAGUAUGCCUGCCAGAGUGGGACGAGCAUGUGGAGGCUGCCGUACGAGAUGUCGUACGGCAAACAGGUCAGGUCGCCAAUGGAGGUGCUGAUACGUCCUCGACACCCUCCGCCGCUCCUGCUCCCACUGUCCCCCCUCCGCUCCUCCGCUGGGUGGGCUUCGAGGCGUCCCCGUAUGCGGUGGCGAAGACACUGGUCCUGGAGCGCAUGAUGCGGGCGGGCGGUCCCGCUGCCACCGACCACGUCCUGCAGGUGUGGUACUCCUCCGUUUGGAGCCGCGAUGCGCAUGCUACCUUCCGACAGGCGCUCACCGGCCUGCUGCAGGAGCACCAGGCAGCAGGCAGCGGUGCAGGUGCAGGCGCAGGUGCAGGUGCAGGUGCAAGUGCCGGCAGAGAUGGCCUGGUUGGCAGCAGCGCGCUUCCCGCUGAC